CCUGAUCGUACUGGAUUAUUUCCCUCCUUAUACGUUCUGUUUUCUUUUUACCCUAUUGCCAUCUUCUUCUUCUUUUCUUCUAGCUUCUUGAGCUCUGUUUCAAUUGCUUCCUUCUAUAAUUCUUGUAGUUUCUUCGUUGGAUUUCUUUUAAACUUUGUGUUUCAGUGUGGAUUCAUAAAACUCAUUUGGUGGUGCUCUGGAUUCUGGCUCUGCUAUGAUUUGAAAGGAUCUAGCAGUUGCAGCUGACGAUGCCAAGGCAGAAUCUAGCGGCGGAAUUGAUUCCAGGAAAAAUCAGAAAACGAGGUUGUUCCUCAUCGGCUUCUUCUUCAUCUUCUAUUCUUCAUAAUUACAGGUUUAAGCGAGCGAUUCUUGUGGGUAAAAGAGCUGGAUCCUCCACUCCAUUACCUUCAUGGAGGCUUAUGAGCUCUCGAUCGAGAUCCCCUGCUUCUGCAUUUCGUUCUACUGAAUCACCCAAUUACGAGCUUUAUCAGUGUGGCAGUGGUCGGUCCAAACAAGCUCCGGUGUCGGCGAGGAAGCUCGCGGCGACGUUGUGGGAGAUGAAUGAGUUGCCGUCGACGAGGGUGAAGGAGAGUCUUGCUUUGGAUGAGAGGAAAUCGAGAAAGGAAAUGAAGGCCAGAGAGAAAACGACGCGGUCGGUUCAUUCUGGUUCUUUGCCUCCCCAUCUCUCCGAUCCGUCUCAUAGCCCUGUUUCCGAGAGGGGGGAUCGUUCUGGGACGGGAAGUCGCUGUCGAAGAACUCCAUCCAUGUCUCAGAGGCUAAAGCUUGCUGAUCACGGCGUUGGUGUUCUCGAUUCUGUUAGCAAUGCUAGUCUGAUGGAGAUUGAGACAAGAUCUAGAGCCCCAACUCCGAGUGCAUCGAUUGUUGGUGUUAAAACACGGUUGAAGGAUGUUAGUAGUGCCUUGACAACUUCUAAGGAGCUUCUCAAAAUAAUUAACCGUGUUUGGGGCCAUGAAGAUCGUCCUUCGACGAGCAUGUCCUUAAUCUCGGCCUUACAUGCCGAGUUGGAGAGGGCUCGAUUGCAGAUUAAUCAGCUUAUCCAAGAGCAAAGGUAUGAGCAGAGUGACAUAAGCUAUCUGAUGAGGUGCUUUGCUGAGGAGAAGGAAGCAUGGAAAAACAAGGAGCAAGAAGUUGUGGAGGCUGCUAUUGAGUCUGUGGCCGGAGAGCUUGAAGUUGAAAGGAAACUUCGGAGAAGGUUCGAGAGCUUGAACAAGAAGCUGGGGAGAGAACUGGCUGAGACGAAAUCAUCACUUCUGAAAGUAGUCAAAGAACUUGAGAGUGAAAAAAGGGCAAGGGAAAUUAUGGAGCAAGUAUGCGAUGACUUAGCAAAUGAUGUUGGGGACGAUAAGUUAGAACUCGGGGAAAUGCAAAGAGAAUCAGCUAAACUGUGUGACAAUGUCAAGAAAGAAAGAGAGAUGAAGCGACUCGCUGCUGCACUACACGAGGAGCAAACUCAUAUAGAUGCCUCGGACAAGUAUGAUCUCGAGGACAAGAAUGCCGCAGUUGAUAAACUGAGAAAUCAACUCGAGUCAUUCUUGGGUAUUAAAAGAGCUAAGGAAAAGGAGUUUGGAUCAAAUGACUCGAAUGAAGUAAAAUUUGCAGCAUACCUAAAUAAAAACGGGAUUCGUUCGUUUCAAUGUGAAGAAAAGGAGGAAGGGGAAGUUGUAGAUGGAGUGGAAUGCGAAGAAGAUUUGGCUGAAAGUGAUCUUCAUUCUAUAGAACUAAAUGUGGAUAACAACAACAAAAGCUAUGAUUGGAUCCACUCUUCUGGUAUUCCCCUUGAUACUAGAAGGCCUUCAAUAGAUGAUGAACCCAAAGCAAGAAAGUCUACUUCUAAGAAGGGUUCAAGAAAAAGCACUUCUAUACAAAGAAGCAUAUCUGAUGGAGUAGAAUGGGGAAACCAAGCUGACAACCAUCCAAUUUUAGGAGAUCAUGUCUUGGAUUGGGAAAGAAGCUCUGUAUUGGAGAAAGUAGCCUCAGGAAAAGUGUAUGGAGAUCAUUUUCCGGGAUAUAAUUCUUCAUCUAAGAACCUUAGGGACCAGAUCCUAUCCGGAUCAAGGCUCGGUUCGCUUAAAGUCACUGCCAGCCCAACUAGGCUGUGGGAACAAGCAAGACCCUUAAGAGACCUCGCCGAUCCAGUCACAGAGAGAGCUUCCAUGGUGCAAGGGAGUAAUGGUUUGAAGUCUAGGCUGAUGGAGGUUAGAGGCGAUGGUCUAGGUUCAAGGAAGUACAAAUGAUCCCAGCAACGAGAAGCAUUCGAUUGCCCGACCUUGUUUGUAUAACUUAUCAAGGCAAAUGGAAGUAAGGGGUAGGGGGAAAUCUUUUAUUUCAGUUCAAAGCUGUUGCCUGCCAUCAAUCAUUUCACUGAGAGCUGCUAAAAAGUUGCAGCAGCCCGCUGCUAGAAAAGCUCAAGGUUCCCAGUAGAUAUAUAUUUUGUGAAAUAGAAGACUGCUCAUGUUUUUGUAAGAUUCAUGUAGAAAAAAGUGUUUGAAUUCUUUUUUGGGUUUUUUAAGUAUAAAAAAAAUUCUUCAAAAA